GUUUCAUCGGUGAUGAUUAAUGCAGGUGUCUUCUAUUUUCGUAUUGGUAAUGGCAACAUUAUCAACGAAACUUGUUUCAUCUGAAGACUAUAAUGUUCAACAAGUUGAUGGUUCCUACGAGUUUGGGUAUGAUGGAAAGGAUUCGUUUCAUCAUAGCAAAGCUAAUAGGAAAAAUGUUGUUCGUGGAGAAUUUGGAGGAAGGAAUCCCCAAACAGGUGGAGUCGAUGUGACAUCUUAUACUGCCGGACCGAGAGGAUACAGACCUCGAGGAAAAAAUAUCGUACGAAAAUUCGAUCAGAAUCAAAACGGGCCAAGGCCAAUCGGGUCACGAGACGACCCGUACUUCGAUCCGAACGAAGAUCCCAGCUACAAUUUUUCUUUCAAAACCAGGACUUACUCACGAACUGAAGGUGCAAAUAGAAGGGGAGAUGUAACUGGAAAAUACACGUACGUCGAUGAUGUCGGUGAAAGACAUAACGUGGAAUACAUCGCGGGAAAGAAUACAGGAUUCCACGUGAAGACUCCAUUCCCUGACUCCAAUCCCAGAUCUUAUGGACCACUUUUCUUCAACGGAAGAGGACGACCAUUGCCCAGGGGACGCACUUCAAUUCAACGUGGUCUCGAUGGAAGUUACAGAUUCGUAUCCGCUGGACCAGAUCAGAGACGUACUGAAACGAGUGAUGCCAGUGGGAAUGUUAGAGGAUCAUACACUUACUUGGAUGAUAAAGGUGUGCAACAUUCGGUGCAUUAUAUUGCCGGACCAAAUAUCGGUUAUAGAGUAUUGAAGAACGUGAAGGGACCUCAUUUACCCACAGUUUAUCCAUUCGCCGGCCAAAAUAUUGUACCAUCAGACUUUUACGAUUAUUUAGAUAAGAAUACUCAAACCGAUAUCUUCGACACUGCCGCCAGUGGAAGACCGAAACCCGUCAAUAAUGGAAACAAAUAUAAUCCCAACGACGAUACAUUAAAUUUCGAUGAUGAUAAACCGAAUAGAAAACCUUUUGGCGGUUUCAAUAAGCCUACUUACGAAGACGACGGAGAAGAUAUUAGUGAUAUUGAUCAUUUAUUUAAAAAUCCUGGAAAUAAACCGAGCGCCAGCAAUAACAAUCCGUCGAGCACUUUGGGAAACGAUGAUUCCGUUGCAGAUGACGCUGAUGAUGGUGAUGAUGAUGAUCUGUUUAGCCCAAAUGCCCAAAAACCUAGCUACAAACCGAGACCAUCGCAAAAGCCAAUUUCAAGACCGCAAAAGCCAAUUUCAAGACCGCAAAAUAAUAAACCCAAUUAUGAUUUGGAUAAUAAUGAUGAUGAUGAUAGUUUGGACUCUGAUUUUGGAUUAUUCGGAUCGUCUUCCAACUCUUACAAACCAAAACCCACAGCCUCAAAACCUGCCCAAAGACCUCAAAAACCAAAACCUAGUUACAAUGAUUACGGUAAUGGAGGAGAUGAUGAUGAUAACAAUUCAAAAGAUUUUGGCCUUUUUGGAUCAACUUCGAGUAGCACCCAUAAACCGCCGACCCUGAGUAUAUCCAGUGAUAGAAAUAACAACAAACAGCACACGAUUGUAACGAACAUUGGUGACACUUUAUUCACCGUUCCUCCAGGUGUUUCUGUACAGGCCCACGUGCAAUCCAUAGAUCUCUUCCCCUACGAGUCCAAGGUACCUUCCCCCAGUGAUAUAUUUCGCGCAGAGGUGAGUUCAAAAUUGACCCAAAGAAAAGCAGAACUCGAGAUCACAACAGUUCCAUCCGCCACGGAAACAACGCCCGUUGAUAUCACGACGACGAAAUAGGACGAACAUAAUGAAAACACAAUUGAAUGAUCUUCGCGUUUAUGUAA